AUGAUUGUAGAUUUACAAAAAAAAGAAUCCAAAAUUGCUCAGAAUAUCAUCAGAUGUUUUCUUUACAAUACCUACAACAGUGAUGAUAAUGCAUCAAUGUAUAUCAACAAUUUACCACCUCGCCCAGCCACACUGAAACAUCCUACACUAGUUGUUUUAGGCGGUCUCAAUACAUGCAUUUUGAAUUGUAUGCAGUCAUUUUCACCAUCUAGAACAGUAUGGCAAACUUGUCCUUCUAUGCCUGUUGAUAGUUUAGCGUGGUUUUCUGUUUCUGUCAUUGCAAAUACUCUAUUUGUUAUUGGUGGAAUCAAAGCUGGUACGCUCAUGGAUUCAGUAUAUGCGUAUUCACCUGUUCGAUCUGCAUGGAGUCAACGCAAAUGUAUGCCUCAGGCAAGAGCUCGACAUUCUUCUGUUUCUGUUGGUAGUCGGUAUAUAUUUAUAUUCGGUGGUGUAACAUUGUCGAUAAAUUCUAAUCACCGACAGCACUCAUCAGAUCGUAUAAUUGUGGAUCAUUUACAAGAAACCAACUCUUCAACUAGACGAAAUCCUGUUUCUUCACAGUUAUCAUCAUUCAAUCCAAAUCUUCCAGUAACUGAAUCAGAUAUCCCUACAUUGAAUUUCGAAAAAUCGAUUAUUCGAUAUGAUAUCUGUAGCGACACAUGGCUCAAUGUGGGCGAAACGGAUAAUCCAAGAUUAGAGUCACAUGUUGUCUUGAUUAAUGAAUCGAAUGAGAACUCAAGUUUCAAUCUACAAUCGUUUGAUGGACCUCAUGAGACAGAUAGUGAACAAAACUCGUUACGCUCGGAUUUAUCAGAUACCACAUCAGUUUCGGAAAAUAUUAUCAACAAGAGUAGUAAUGGAACUAAUCAAACCAAUAAAACCCGUCGAAGAAAUAAUUCUAUGAAUGUAAAUUUUGAACGUGUUUUUGUUGAAAUCGGUGGAAUAACUGAAUCACAACCGUAUGGCACAGAUCAGGUUGCCUUUUAUCGUUUACGUCCUGAUUAUACUGUAUUUUGCACCGCGGAUUACAUAAAACUCCCACAACAAGUUCGUUAUGUGAAUUGUUGUGUACAUCAAGAUACUAACCUGCUUUACAUAUUUUGGGAAUCGACAAGCGAAUUAUCGGUUUUAGAUCUACGUCGUCACACAUUGCGCUCGCUAGCUCCCUUAGUUCCUACCUCUAUUUCAUCUCCAAUUGAAGCACGGAUUCAUGCUGGGUUAUCUUGGGUUGGAGAGCUUUUGUAUGUAGUUGGAGGAUUUAGUGAGUUUGUUGGUGAUGAUCGACGCCCUACUGUCCCACGAGAUGAUGUCCAUUGCUACGACCCGACAACAAACACAUGGUCUCGUAUUAAAGUUUUGAAUACAACGGUCCCUCGAGCUAUCUUUGGUUGUGUUUGCCUAAAUAUGUGAUACAUCAGUGGUAGGGUUGUACGAACUUUUAUAUACUAAUAUAUUUUUGCUGAUUUCAUUCAUAACAAAAAUUAUAUUUAUCUGUACACCUGUUAUUUCAAUGUGAUACUUUCUAACCUUAUAAAUCAAAUCUAGGAAAAUAUUUUCUGUUCAUUUAUUUUCAUUUAUGACUUUUUCCUCUGAAUUACCACUGUGUUCACAAUAUUGUAUAUUUUUGCUCUUUAACUUGUCAAAUUAUUUCAUUUUAAUUGUCCCGCUGGUCCGGGUCGUACAUUUCUUUCAUAAGAUACCACUUAGGCAUUAUAAUCAUCAGUGUUAUCUACAAAAAAUGCAUUUAUAUUGUUGUCAAA